AUGUAAACUUAUGAAUUUUAGUUAAAUAAUAAAAGGAAUGUUGAAAGAGAAGAGCUUUAUAUAUUGACCAUAAUUGAAAGGGUUUUGGCUGGUUACUUAUCUUCAAUAUCAUAUGUUGAUCAAGCAUAAUUUUGUGAGCUAUUAUAGAGGAAACAAAAGGAAAAAUAGUUUAUAUAGCCAUUACAUUUGUAAAUCUUGAGUAAAAUAAAGCGAAAUUUAAUUAAGAAAUAACCACAAAUAAAAGAGUAGAAAGUAAACUAUGAAAUUAAAAGAAUGCUUUCCUAAUCAAUAGAUUCAAGAAAAAACUAUAUAUGUUUAUCUAAUAAAAAUAAUAGAAAAUAUAAAGAAUUGUAAAUGACUUAAAUAGAUACUCAAUCACAAACUGUGAAAGAUAGAAGAUCUAUAUUAGAUUUAAAAAGUAAUCAAGAAGGACAAAGAUUACUUACUAAUGGAAGUUAUCAUUAAAACGAUUCAACAACUUCAAGAGUUAUUAUUAAUUCAUUUUAAUUAUCUAACCGUAAUAAAACAUAAGCUGAUGAUGAAUUAAAAGAAAUAUCUAAUUAAAAGUAGUUAACAUUUACAGAAAGUAAUUUAAAAAAUAGAAAAUAGAAACCUUUUAUUAAUAUAGUAAGUUAAUAUGGUGAAAUAGAAAAAUAAGUGAAUAACACAAAAUAAUAAAAAAGAAAUUAUAAAACAAGUUUCAAUGAUUAAUUAAUUAAAGUAAAUUAAAAUAAUGAUAAUUAUGUUAUUAAAUAUAAUUAAUAACAUUUGAAACCAUAAUUAAACAAAAACAAUGAUGAAAUAAUUAAUAAUUAAUUAAAGAUAGAUAAUAAAGAUGCUUAUGUAAUAGUAGAUUAAGUUAAUUUCUAAAAUUCUUAAUAAUAAUCAUAAUAUCUAUCAAUGAGUAAUGUUUAAAAUAGAAUUGAUUUAAAAUAAAAAUUUUAAACAUGUUAUAGCCAUGAUGAUGAUGAUUUCAGUUAUUAAAGUAAACCUAUGAUCUAAAGUGAAGGAUAGAAGCAGAUUACAUAUGGCACUCACACAGAAUUACCAUCUUUAGAUACAGAUCUUUAAUUAAAAAUGCAAACGAUAUAGAGUGCAAAAUAUUUAGAUAAAAAUAAAGAAUAAAUAUAUUUAAAGAAUGAAGAAUUAAAUAAAAAUAAAUAAUCAUAAAAACAAGAAUAUUUAAAUUAAAUAGAUCAAAAAAGUGAAUAACAUAAUAUUUUAGAAGUGCAUGAAAUUAAAUAAUACAAUUAAUUUCUCUCACCAACAUAACAAUUAAAUUAAUAAAAAAUAGAUGAUUUUUAUGAAUAAAAAUAGAAUUCAAUUUCUAAGGAAGACUCUUAAUUUUCACUAUUAGAUCAAUCCUUACACAAAUAAAAUAAUUUACAUGCUCAUUUAAAUGUUAAUAGACCUGCUACUACACAUAUUGAUAUCUAUAAAUUAUAAGAGUAUCCAUAAUUUUAAACUCAUGAUAACAUUGAUUAAUAACAAAAAUAGCAAUAAUAAUAAUUAAUUUAAUAAAUCAGUAUGACAUCUAUUAUGCAUGAUGAUGAACAUUAUUCUAACUUAAAUUAAUAAAUAAAUAUAUAAGUAAAUUAAUGUGAACCUGCAUAAAAUAAUGUCAUUAUUGAAGAAUCUAUAGAAUGUUCUCCCAUUUAUAAAAUACAAAAUUAAUAAUGUAUUACACCAUCAUUCAAUAAUCUAAAAUUAGAAAAUCAAAUAUAAUAAAAUAAUAAUGAAAUUCAUACCUAGUAAAAAUAAUAGAUUUAACAAUCAAUUCUAAAUCAACCAUCUCAAACUUAGAUUCACUUAUAAUCAAAUCAAGAUUCAAAUAAUCAAAUUUAAUAGAGAAUGUAGAUUCCAUUUAAUAAUACUUAAAAUAGUUUAAAAAAUAAUAAUAAAUUAACAACAAAUUAAAAGCAUUAAGUAAGAGAAUAAUAAUAAUAAUAAAGAUUAGAUGAAAGUUAGCCAGAAAGUAAAUUAACAAUAGAAUCUUCUUAAGGGGAGAAGUCAAAUAAAUCAAAGACAAUAAAAAAUAGUAAAUAACUCAAAUUACAUGUUGCAGCAGCUACUUUGACUUUUAGUACAAAGAAAUCUUCCAAUUAGGAUUCUCCUCAUGAUGUAUGAUAAAUUAAUUUAAAUUAGCCAACUAAAAUUGAAUAAUAAGAAAAAGAAAAGUAAAGAUAAAUGGAAUAUUAAAAAUAGAUAGAAAAAAUGAAGUAUGAAAGAGAAUUAAUGGAAUAAUACUAAAUUCCUGAUAAUAUGCCUUUGUCUUAAAAGCGUGCAAUUAUUGAAGAAUUGAUUAAACAAAUAGAAUUAAUUGCUGAUCAAGAUGUACAAUAUUAGAUUAUGUUAUGUAUAACAUUUAAUAAUAUUUAUAUAGAUAAGUAGAGAUAGGAAUAAAUUUAAAAUGCAACAAAACAAGAUAUAGUUUUUAAUCGAUAUUUAGAGACUUGUUAUGAAGAAUUAGGACAUCUUUCAGAAUAAAAAUUGAAAUUAUUGGGUAAAGAUGAUUUAAAUAAAGUUUCAUUUAUGAGAUUUGAAAAUUAAGUUUAAACAUCUUUUCCUAAUUAAGAGAAGGUUUUUUCAUAAGAAAUUAAUUCUCCAAUAAAAAAGAAUUUAAAAUUAUUUAGUAAAUUUGAUCCUGUUGAAAUAGAAAAUUAAUUGAAUAGAAUUAAAGAAUUUAAGUAAGAAAGUGAAAUUUUAAAAUUGUUUUAAUGUUUCAAUUCUUAAUAUGAUAAAGAAGUAAUUAUAAAAUAUAAUUGAUAGGUUAAUUAAUGUGAUCUUGACUAUCCCACAGAAAAAGAUAAAUAUAAUCAUAAAAAUGAAUAAUAGAAUAUAGAUUAAUAAAGAAGUUUAUUAAUUAAGGAAACUCAAAAGAGAAAAAAGAAUAAGUAAUUAGAUAAGAAAUUAAGGAUAAGUACCCAUAGAAUAGAUUCUUAAAGAAUGGAUACGAUAUUAUUAGCUAACGAUAAAAUAAAAUCAGUUGGCUAAUAUUUAUUAUGA